CUGUACUUCGCUUGUAUCUACUUUUAGGUCGCCUGCAAACACAGCCGGGCACGUAGGGUGAUUGAUACGCGGUUGAUUGUGCGCUGGAAAGGCCCAGCUUCUGAUUUGGCCGAGCCACAGUACUUUGACCAGUUGUAGCAGCACAAUCCUUGAAGAAUGUCUUCUCAGAAUAGGCUGGUGGUGGUGCCCACUGUCACUGUGUUGACGGUGAUGAAGGCUCGCCUCAUUGGAGCUACAAAGGGACACGCACUACUGAAGAAGAAGGCGGACGCGCUGACCAUGCGCUUCCGCCAGCUGCUGAAGGAAAUCAUUGAUGCCAAGGAGAAUCUCGGCUCCACGAUGAAGGGCUCGUUCUUCGCUUACACGGAGGCGCAGUACGCUGCGGGCGAGAACAUCAAGCACACGAUCAUGGAUAACGUGGACACGGCCGUGGUCAAAGUCCGCGGCGACCUUGAUAACGUCGCUGGUGUGAAAAUUCCGCGGUUUGAGUCGUUCGUGCUGCCGGGCGAGACCAAGAUGGACCUCACGGGCCUGGGCCGCGGUGGCCAGCAGCUGCAGAGCUGCCGCAAGGCCUACCUGAGCGCCGUGGAGCUGCUGGUGCAGCUGGCCAACCUGCAGACCGCCUUCCUGACGCUGGACGAGGCGCUCAAGGUGACCAACCGCCGCGUGAACGCGCUGGAGAACGUGGUUAAGCCCAAGCUGGAGAACACCAUCUCCUACAUCAAGGCCGAGCUGGACGAGCUGGAGCGCGAGGAGUUUUUCCGGCUAAAGAAGGUGCAGAAGAACAAGCAGAAGAAGCAGAUGGCGCAGAUGGCGGAGGACGCGGCCGCGGCGGCGGCGGGGGAGAAGGCGGAGGCGGGCGACCUGAAGAUGCCGCCCUUCAACGGGCCACAGGGCCAGCAGGGCGUGCAGCCGCCCACCAACUCCUCACUGCUCAACUACAAGGAGGACGACCUGCUGUUCUGAGGGCAUGCGCCUGGGGCGGCGUAGGGUGUGUGACGACAGGAGGAUGCCACACGUGUGAUGAGGGUUGUUUGGGGCUGGGAUGUGAUGUCGUGCUCCCGCGUGCGGGUGGCGCAGCCCACCACGAGGGCAAGGGGCACACUGCGGUAGACGGACACAUGGGUGUGUGGGUCGGGCAACGUGGGAGCGGUGUGUGCGUGCGAACGCCGUGAAUUCCACUGCACGUGGAAAGCGCGUUGGUCACAGAAGCCUUGGAUGGCACUGGAGAGGGAAGGCGGGCACAUGCGUGCUCGGGGCUCGGUGGCCUAUCCGCCUUACAUGAUUUGGAGGACGGGACGGGGCCAGUUUUGACUGAAGGGCAGCAUCUGGACCGGAUGAACGUAUGGAACGGACAGUGCAGUAGCCGGAGUGUGCGCAAGGUACGGUAUGUCAACACCAACGCUCGUAGGGUGGGGGGGGGGGCAAAGGGGCAGUGCCACGUACGGUGGAUUGGGUGGACUUGGGUGGAGCCGGACUUGACCGAUCUGCCUAGAUUGGGCAGGUCGAGUGGUUGACGGUUCCGGACCCGUGUUAUUGUGGUUAUGAGUUUUAAGCCGUGGAAGGUUU